AUGAAUGGAGUGCCACCAGAGCUCGUCCCGCUGCUUGCCGUGUGGGCGAGCUGCCUCUACAUGCCGUUUGCUGUCGCACUCUACGUUUACUUUAAGCGCCACCCGAGUCUGCGCCACCGGAUGCCGACGGGCACGGCAAUCGCCGGCGCUUGCGCGACAGUCUUUUGCCUCACCCAGCCGCUCUGCGUCCUCUACGGUGCCGAGAUGGACUGCGGGCUCGCGCUCGUCGUCCUUCAAGUGUCGUGUGCGACGUCGUCCUUUGCGCUAGUCUGGACGGCCUUUACCGUGCUCGUUCUGUACGGCAUCACCGAGAUCAUUGCAUCGCCGACCAGCGUGCCUCUCGAGCGCGCGGCUCUGUGGACCUCGUUCCGCGGCAUGAUCAUCCCGACGGUCCAGAUCCCAGUGGGGAUCUGUGCGAGCAUCACGUGGAAUUUGCCACAGAUUAUUCUGUUGACGCUGCACAGCGACGAGAUCGGGUCGCUCACCUACGCCGAGUGCGUGCAGUUGCCGCUGCAUACAACGCAGUCGGUUGUCCAGAUUGUCCAAGCACUCGUGCUCGUCCUGACCUUUUUAUACGUGGCGUACCAGCUACGCUCAACGCUCGACACGUUUCGGCUACGGCGGUGCUUUACGCGCACGAGUCUCUACAUGCUGCUGCUUGGAGUCUUCGCGGUUAUCGACGUCCUCAUCGAGACGGUCGUGUCGCUCGCAGCCUAUCAUAUUACCGAGCUGCUGUGGACGCUUGCGCUUCAGGGGGUCGUCAUCUUUAACAUUUUACUCCCGCUCAUCGGCGCGUUCCGUGGGCGGCACCAAGUCCAGCGCAUCCGAGGCAGCGUCUCGCCACAAGUCAAUCUGGACACGUACUUGCAGAUCGCCGAGUGCUUCGACAACUUUCUCGAUUACUGCAACGAGGCCCAAGACAGCACAGGCAUCGCGAUGCUCCAGGCGUGGCAAGCUUGCGUCGCCUUCCACCACGCCGCGUCGCCGUACAAUGUGGUUGAAUUCUACCAACUCUUUGUCGCGAGCGGUGGCGCGGGCUCGAUUCACGCUGUCCUGGACGACGAGAUGCGGCGCAUGUACGCCAAGCGCGUGCAGCACUUGAAGAAGAAGACGCUUUUGACGCCCCGCGCGAUCAAGGUCGUGCCCUUAGCUUCCAGCGGCGACAUUCAUUUUUACCAGCCGCUGCGCCAUGAGCUGAUCAACAAGCUCGUCACGUGCCAGUUGCGCGGCUACGAAAAGCACGAGCUCGGAAAGGACUGGCUCGCGUUCCAUACGCGCCGCCGGUCGAUCCAUAGCCUCGAGUACGUCCAGCGCGUCGCAACGCGAUCCAUCUUGGACACGGACACUGGGAAUUCAAAAAGUCCGAGCAAACAGCUCCAGCCAACGCCAUCGAUGCUGCUCUCGUCGCUGGCCGCAUCGAGCAACCCGCUUCCCAACCUCGAGACCCAAAGCGUACAACACGACGACUACUGUAUCCUCUUCUGGAUCCUCACGGCCAAGUGUCUAGAGUUUCCAGCGAAAACGACUCCUCAAGGUCAUGUCCGACACGUCGUUUCAUGCCAAGCGCGGCGGCGGUCGCGCCUUUGA